AUGUCCAAACCAGACUUCAAAAUCAUCCUCAAACAAGAAGAGGAUCGGCUUCGCCUCCUUCAUCCCACACCGGCGGACGUGCCAGGAUGCAUUAGCGUGUUUGAUGACUAUCUUAGUUGCGGCGCCAUACGGUCACAAGUCAAGGCCGUCUACCGGUUUGGCAAAAGGUCAAGUUGCGAGCAAAAAUUCCAAGAUUUCAAGUUCUGCCUGUCGUUGAAAACCAUGCAUCCAGAGGAACAACGAGAGGCCUGGAUUCGUCGUCGCGCAGAGUGGUGGGCACACAGACGGCAGGCCAAGAGCAGUGAGGAUGUGUGGGACAUACGAGAGCGGCCCCUGGAGAACUUCCCCAAACACAUAACAGAGGAACUCAUGCGCGAAUCCCAGCCUCGGCCUCUGCAAUUCUUUGAUUUUCGGACUCCGCCAGAACGCGCUAUUGAAACUCAGCUCGAUGGAAAAAUUGAACGCGUCGCGUUCAUUAAUCUUCUCCUUCAACACCAAAUACAAAGAAUGCCUCCACGAGGUGCUAAACGCCAGAGAGAUUCUUCUCCUGUCCCUGCGACUUCGUCUCCCCGACAACGUACCCCGACGCGUCGCAACUCCCAGUCAUCGCUUCCACCGUCUUCCCCUCCCGCUCCUUUCUCGGACACCGACGAUAGUGUCGACGAUCGGGAUGCUGUACAAGAUGUAGAUGAAGACGAGGAUGCCGAGGGCGAAGAUCUAUUUGGCGAAACUCUUGAAGCAGAUUAUGCCCCCAAUGAAGUCCUUGACCGAUAUUCCGAUGCUGGUAUAGAUGACGAUGAAAACGUCGAAGAGCUUUCUGCUGCUGCUCGUCGCGCGGCUGAAGCGAAGAUGGCCCGUAGGGACCGUGCUGAACGCGAUGGAAAGAAAGGACAACGCGCGGCACGUCGUAGCCGCGCUCCUGCUUUCCUUGGAAGCGAUGCAGAUAUGGAAGACGAAGGUAUAGAUGAGCUUGGGUUGGCAAGCAUGAAGAUGCGCACAAGGAAACAGUAUGAUGAAAGGCGUGAUGCGGAUGAUCUCGACGGCGUUGACGAUGAAAUCCCUCUGGAACAACUUAGCGACAUCAAAGCCAAGUCGAUUGUUGAGUGGAUUGCCCAUGAUCGUGUCCGUCGCUCGAUUGCCCGCCACUUCCGACAUUUCCUGAUGACUUAUGUGGAUGAACAUGGGGCAUCUGUCUAUGGCCAAAGGAUUCGUAGCUUGGGAGAAACUAAUGCCGAAUCUUUGGAGAUUUCAUAUCUUCACCUGGCAUCCUCGAAGCCCAUUCUUGCGUAUUUCCUUAUCAAUUCGCCGACCGCCAUGCUGGAAAUCUUCGAUGAGAUUGCACUCGAUGCCAUAGUGGUUCAUUACCCGGCCUACAAGCGAAUUCACUCCGAAGUUCAUGUCCGCGUUGCCGAUCUUCCUUUGGGUUCAACGUUGCGAGAUUUGCGUCGAGCUAACCUCAACAACCUUGUCCGUGUUUCAGGUGUUGUUACAAGGAGAACUGGGGUGUUCCCCCAAUUGAAAUAUGUCAAAUUCGACUGUCGGAAAUGCGGUGCUGUGCUCGGUCCAUUCUUCCAGGACGCGUCUAGGGAAGUGCGAAUCAGUUACUGUGCUAAUUGCGAAAGUAAAGGCCCUUUUACAGUCAACUCAGAACAGACCGUAUACCGCAAUUACCAGAAAAUGACCUUGCAAGAAUCUCCUGGUUCAGUGCCUGCUGGCCGUUUACCCAGACAUAGAGAAGUUAUUCUUCUAUGGGAUCUAAUCGACAGCGCCAAACCCGGAGAAGAAGUGGAAGUGACCGGCGUGUACCGGAACAAUUUCGACGCAUCUCUAAACUCUAAGAACGGGUUCCCGGUCUUCUCCACAAUCAUCGAGGCUAACCAUAUCAACAAGAAGGAAGACCUGUUCGCGGCGUUCCGUCUUACUGAAGAGGAUGAAAAGGAGAUACGCAAUCUCGCCAAAGACGAGCGCAUUAGGAAGAGAAUAAUUAAAUCCAUUGCUCCGUCUAUCUAUGGGCACGAAGAUAUCAAAACUGCCAUCGCCCUCUCGCUCUUUGGAGGUGUACCUAAGGAUAUCAACCACAAACAUCGUAUUCGUGGAGAUAUCAAUGUGCUUUUGCUCGGAGAUCCUGGUACCGCUAAAUCUCAAUUCCUCAAAUAUGUCGAGAAAACAGCACAUAGGUCGGUUUUUGCCACUGGCCAGGGGGCCUCUGCCGUCGGUCUCACGGCGAGCGUUCGAAAGGACCCUAUAACACAGGAGUGGACACUUGAAGGAGGUGCUCUGGUCCUUGCGGAUAAAGGAACAUGUUUGAUCGACGAGUUUGACAAAAUGAAUGAUGCGGACCGAACGUCUAUCCACGAGGCUAUGGAACAGCAGUCUAUUUCAAUAUCCAAGGCGGGUAUUGUUACCAGCCUUCAAGCUCGUUGUGCUAUUAUAGCUGCUGCCAAUCCGAUCCGUGGGCGUUACAACCCUACAAUUCCAUUUGCCCAGAAUGUAGAAUUGACAGAACCUAUCUUGUCUCGUUUCGAUGUUCUUUGUGUGGUCAAGGACACAGUGGAUCCUGUCAUGGAUGAACUUCUCGCUCGCUUUGUAGUUGGCAGUCAUCUUCGCAGUCAUCCGAAAUUCGACAAAGAGACUGAGGAAAUUGACGUAGGCACCACCCUGGAUGCAGAUAUUAUUCCGCAAGAUGUUUUGCGCAAGUACAUCAUGUACGCGAAAGAGAAGAUCCGACCCAAGCUGUUCGACCUGGACCAAGAGAAACUUGCGCGUCUCUUCGCAGAUCUGCGACGCGAGUCGAUGGCAACAGGCUCGUAUCCUAUCACCGUUCGUCACCUCGAGAGUAUGAUUCGUAUGGCAGAGGCUAGCGCUAAGAUGGCUCUGCGCGAGUACGUUCGUUCCGAUGACAUUGACCUUGCCAUCGAGGUGGCUGUAGGAAGCUUUGUGAGCGCACAGAAAUUAAGUAUCAAGAAGACUCUGCAAAGGGGAUUCAGAAAAUACCUUACCCAAUCGAAGGACCACGAGGAGUUGCUUUCCUUCCUUUUGGGUAACCUUGUCAAAGAAAAGGCCCGCUUCUAUCAACUUCAGAGACAUGAACAGCCCGACAAUGUGGUUGUCAAGAUUUCUGAGCUCGAAGAAAAGGCCAAGGAACACGAAAUCUACGAUGUUUCGCCAUUCCUGAGGUCGAAGCUUUUCAAAACAAAUGGAUAUAUUCUGCGAGACAAAGCCAUCGAGAAACAUUUUAGAGUGGAUUGA